UUUUACAGUUUUCGCAUUAAUCGCAUAGAAUCGCCCAUUUUGAAAUACGAUGGCGACUGUGGUGAGUCCUUGACUAUAUACGAUUCUGAUCAUGCUGAUCCGGCACGCAUUAUCAAAACUUUCUGUGAUACUUUUUCGCGCCCCAUGGAAAAGGUGGACUUUGUUAGCACUAGUCCCUCGCUGUAUGUGCAGUUUGAAUCGAAAACGGGUUCUUAUAGCGGCAGUUCUUUGUAUUAUUGGGCCCAUUAUGAUUUCUUUAAUAAUACACGUUUUGGUGAUCCGGUACCUAAUACCUUAUGUGAUGAGGUUAUGUAUGCUUGGAAACAUCCGGGUGGUAAGAUACGUUCUCCCAUGAAUUCUUUAAUCUUUAAGAGAACUGGUGGCUCCGAUGUACGCUGUCAAUAUAAAUUUGUUACCGAUCGCAGACUUUACGCGAGAGCUGUUAUAGAAGUGAACUCGGUUAUGUUUAAGGAAUUGCCCUACAAUAACAAUGCCUGCACUAGAUGUCAUGAGGAGAGAGUGGAUAAACUGGUUAUAUGGGAGGAAAGAGAAAAGUUUCAAAAUAAUUUGGCCUGUUUUUGUGACAAUAUACCGCGGCCGGUAAGAGUUAUCUCCUCAGCCGAUCAAAUGAAUUUGGAAAUGAUAGUACAAGGCCAGCAUGCCAUUACCUCUUAUUUUAAGAAUCCCAAUCCUUUAUUUGAAGCUUCCUAUGAGUUUGCCCAUGGUCCUUUAUGUGGCCCCAUUACUUUGGGACCUUCUCCCGAUGGUGAGCUGGUAUAUCCUUUCAAAAAAGCCUUGGCUUUGGUUACAGGACCCAUGGGUUCCCAGCCGGAGCAUCAUUAUAGACGAGAGAAAUGUAUUUGGGAAUUGAAAGUGGCCUCACAAAGAGAUUUAUGGCUGAAUUUGGAGAAGGCUCGUUUUGGUGAUCGCACCUGUGACAGUGCUAAGAUAGAAGUGUAUCUAGCUGGUCGCCUAGAACCCCGCUUUAUUAUAUGUCCUGAAAAUGUCUCCUUGGCAAGAGAUUUACCCAUUUUAUCUACCGCCGAUUUGGGUGCUUUGGGUGCCGAUCAGGAACCCUUACCCGUACUCAUACAAUACACAGGUGAUGGCCAACCGGGCAAGAAUAUCUUCCGUCUGGUAUGGACUGAACUUUUCCACUUACCCCGCAAUCCAGAUGGCAGUCUGGCUGCCUCUCUACUACAAGAUAAUGAAUGUAACUUCAAGUGUCCUGGCAAUUCACAUAUCUGUCUACCCCGCCACUUGGUCUGUGAUGGCAUACAAAAUUGUCCCAAUGUUUCGCAUACCUCCUCGCUGGAAGAUCUCACCCAACACAUACAAUGGAAUCUAGAGCAAUUUGAUUUAUGGCAUGAACACAAAGACAAAGAACACUUAAUGAAUGCCAUUUUAGAUGAUGAAUCCUCUUUGAUUUGUAUAAAGGAAUAUACGCGUAAAUUAUCAUAUGGCGAACUAAGUUUCUUCGUUGCCAUCUCAAUGGCGAUAAUUGUUUUAAUUAUAUUAAUUUUACGACUCAUGUGUAGAGGUUCGAAACAUAAGGAGGCUUCCAUGAAUUAUUAAUAAACGGAGAAAAAUAGAGAUAACUCAUGCUAAAACACACGAAUUUGUUGAACAAUUUCAUAAAAAACAACAGUUAUUUAGUAAAUAGUAUUAUUAAAGUUUUUAAUUUAUAUUUUAAUCUAAACACAACAAAAAAUGUACACAAUUUCUAGCUGCAAAAUUUACCAGAGAGAAAAAAAAAAUUAUUAUUAUUCAAAAAAACCCUUUUAGCUAAA